GGGUGAAGCCAUUUCGAGUCAAACAUGAAUGUCGGGGCUUACGGACACUUGGAUGACGCCACAGGAGCAGUGCGGAGGCAUGUCAUGUGUUUUUUUCUCCCCAGUACAAUUGUACUCAAACACUUCACCCCCCCUCCCCCAUCGACAUAGUGGUGAGUAGAUAUUGAAUGAAUUUUCAUUUUUGGGUGAACUAUCCCUUUAAUCUGCCCACUCCACAAGGUGAAGCCAGAGGUGGCUCCUCAGCAGCUACUGAGUUUCAAGCGCCAUCUAGCGGAUCCAGUAAACGCUUCAGUCCACCUCUCAUUGGAAAGUGCAGUGUGUGGUGCAGUCUCAAUCUUUAAAUGAAACAAGAAGAGGCAGAAACCCAAGUUCAAUCCAGAGAGGCGAGGACAAGUCACUUUUUCACAUUCACUGCAGAUCUCCAUGGUUCCUAACUCUGCUCUGGACAGACUGGAUUCAAUAAUGAAUCCAUAGUUCAUCCUGGUAACUUCCCUGACUCGGUGCUUUGCAGCGGAGGACUGAGUUUUGUCUUUGACGUCAGGUGAGUGGAACACACCCCACCAUCGUCCUUGCUCCGGAGGAGAAGCGGCUCAGUGCGCACUGAGCGCGCCGUUCGGCCCGCCCGGACACUGCAGUGGAGGGGACCGUGCCACCGCUGCUCGCUCCCGACACGCACCGCGUCCCGCCGCAGACUCCGAGGAACAACCGGGGGGAGAACAGCAGAACAAGCCAUGGCCGAGUCCAACCCGCUGCGGGGGUUCCCCCGUCUGCGCCGGGCCGCGACCUCAUUUCCAGGCAACCUGCAUUUGGUCUUAGUGCUCCACCCCAACAGCUUGUUAAGCUCUGCCCACAGUCCGUCCUCAAGCACUGACCUGGGCUUUCGCUUCAGCCAGGAUGACUUCCUGUUAAAGAUGCCGGUGGUGAUGCUGCGUUCAGUUGGCGAACUUCUGCGCUACAUCGAUGAAAACCACCUGACGUCAGACUUUACUGCAAAAGUGGAAUAUUGCCAAAGUGACUGGAUCGUCCUUCGCACGUCCAUUGAGACCUUUGCGGUGACAGUGAAGGAGAUUGCUCAGCUGCUUCAGGGCUUUGGAUCUGAGCUUUCUGAGACCGAACUUCCAGAUGAAGCGAACGCCAUCGAGUUCCUGCUGAACUCACACACACACCGGUAUCGACAGAUGAAGGACGAUAUCCGCGGUGUGCUGAAAGAAGGACGCCUGCUGCUGUCCAACCUGGAAACUCUCAAGGCCUCCAAGAGAGACGCAGAGGAGGAGAGGGAAAUACAGGCAGAUAUGGACACUGUUCAGAGGCUCCUGGCUCAGCUCAGAGACAUGGAGGAGGCGUUUGAUGGCUUCUUUGAGAAACAUCACCUGAAGCUGCAGCAGUACCUCCAGCUGCUGCAAUAUGAAAUCAGUUUCCAGCAGAUGGAGGAGGUCCUGGAGCGACUCUCUGCCCAGGAGAAGGAGAUCUCCUCUGUUGGAACCACAUUGGUUCAAACAGAACAACUGCUGAAAGACUUGGAGACGCUGGACAAGCACGCUCAGGAGGAGAUGGCCCGUGCCCAUGUGGUAAUCCUGCACGGUCACCAGUUGGCUGCCAAUCACCACUACGCUCUGGCGCUCAUCGUCCAGCACUGCAACGAGCUGCGACAUCACUGUGAUGUCAUCACCACCGCCAUACGCACCAAGCGGGCCUCGCUCACCCGAGCAAGAGACCUGCUGCACCGCCUUGAGGACGCGCUGCGUUGGUGUGAUGAUGGAGCCUAUCUGCUGGCGAGUCAGAUGGUGGACAAGUUCCAAACUAGAGAGGGAGCCCAGGAGGCGCUGCUGUACCUGAGCUGUCACCAGGAGAGGGCGCCGUCCGCACUGACUAACAGCCAAGACACCCUGAGCCUGGAGUUUGAAGCCAUACUGACUCCACAGCUGCAGUCCCAGAUCUCCAAGGUGACAGAGAAGCUGACCUCCAUGCAGUCCAUGAUCAGAAACAGAGAGCAGUGUCUGAGGAGGCUGGCGGACUUGCAGGUCAGACCCAUCCAGCUGGUGGCCCCGAGGCCCGAGCCUGACCAGACCUCUCAACGCUGCAAGUCCCCGCUCUUCUCCCCGAAACAUGGUGUCGACUUGAACGUCCUGAACUCCAAGUUUUCCUUUGACCUUCUUCCUGGAAAGAGAGCUGCGAGGAGGAACAACAGCCAGCGCAAGAUCGAGGUGAUGCACGAUUACCAAGGCAACCGCAGCUGUUUGUAUGGCUCCAAUCCUGAGACGGACUCAGAGGUGGAGGACAAUCCAGAGCAGGUGACACGCCACAUUAUGAAGGAACUGAUCGCCACAGAGAGGAUCUAUGUAGACGAGCUGCUCUCUGUACUUCUGGGCUACCGGGCAGAAAUGGAUGACCCGUCUGUGUCUUAUCUUCUUCCGUCUGCUCUGCGCAGCCAGAAGGACGUUCUGUUCGGCAACAUGCCAGAGAUUUACCAGUUCCACAGCAGGAUUUUCCUUCAAGAUCUGCAGAGUUGCCUCGAGGCACCAGAGCGAGUGGGGGCUUGCUUCCUGCAGCGGAAAGAAAAGUUCCAGGUGUACGAGCGUUACUGCCAAAACAAGCCGCGCUCUGAGUUGCUAUGGAGACAGUGCUCCGAUUCCCCCUUUUUUCAGGAGUGCCAGAAGAAGCUGGACCACAAGCUGGGUUUGGACUCUUACCUCCUGAAACCAGUCCAGCGUCUCACCAAGUACCAGCUGCUCCUCAAGGAGCUGCUGAAGCACUGUACGGAGGAGCGAUACCGCUGUGAGCUGCGGGAGGCUCUGGACUCCAUGCUGGAGCUGCUCAAGUCUGUCAACGACUCCAUGCAUCAGAUCGCCAUCACUGGAUAUCAGGGUGACCUCAGCCAGCUGGGCCGGAUGGUGAUGCAGGGAGGCUUUAGCGUGUGGAUCAGCCACAAGAGGGCAGCGGUAAGGAUGAAGGAGCUGGCCCGGUUCAAACCCAUGCAGAGACACCUCUUCCUCUACGACCAUGCCCUGCUCUUCUGCAAGCGCAGAGACGAGGACAACCAGGACAGGACGCCCUUCUACAGCUUCAAAUCCUGCCUCAGAAUGAGUGCAGUUGGAAUCACAGAAAAUGUGAAAGGAGAUGUGAAGAAAUUUGAGAUCUGGUACAGUGGAAGAGAAGUAGUUUAUAUUGUUCAGGCUCCCACAGUGGAGGUCAAAGUUGCCUGGCUGAGGGAGAUUCGAAAAAUUCUCACCAACCAGCUGAAACGGUGUCAAGAUGAGCCUCAUCCUCUACCACUUUCAGGCAACCCAGUUUCUGACAGUGCAUCAGAGAUGUGUGUGUCGUGGGGCGGAGCGCCGGUGGGAGGCUGCUCAGCGUGUCUCCCUGUUCCUCACAGCUCCUCGGCAACAAGCCACUCCUACAGGUUCCAGGGGGAGGAGUCAGUACACAGUAGUCCUGCCCACUCAGACCCGGUGGUUCAGUCGCCCCGACGCAGUUGGCCCGUCCCGGCCCACUCUGUGGCGAUCUGCGAAGGCCUGGAGGACUGGGGCGCCACUGACCUCUCCAACCUCUCAGAUUCAGAGGAGGAGGAUCAGCCUGCUCCGCUGGUAGCGGGCAGGUACAGAGUCAUGGUGGAGAGCAGCAUGGCCAGCACUGAUGACAUCAUCUUUAACUGCGGUGACGUCAUCCAGCUGCUCCAUGAGGAUUCGUCAGGAAUGUGGAUGGUGAGGAAUAUAAGUCGUGUGGAGGAGGGCCGUGUUCUCCCUGAAGACCUGCACAGGAUUCUGGGAGAGACCUGCUGAGAGCCAAUCAGAACAGAGGAUAGAUGACGCCUGUGUCCAUUCUCCUUUUGUCACUUAUUUGGCUCCCUCCCUCCUUAAACACACACACACACACACACACACACACACACACACACACACACACACACACACACACACACACAUCCUGACCAAAAGGGGGCAUCUGUCUCUGCUGAUACUUUCAUUAUGUGAUUGAAGCACAACAUCAGCCAUAAACCUUACACUUCAAACUACUGUGACAGUCUGAAGGAUGUAAAUGACAGAAAUGGCCUCAUAAGACUGUAUCACAACCAACAACUUAAAUGGGACCUCAAACUAUUUCCCAGCUUUAACGCAGAAGAUGAUCUGGACUAAAGACGUUGAACAUGGAGCUUUUAUUCAUACAGUGGACAUUUGUUUAUCGUUUUAUCAUUUGUAUUUUCUUAUGAAAUAUCAGACAUCCUGCAUAUGCCUAAUGACAUAUCAUUACUGUACAUGUGCCAAACAGCUCAGCGAGUCAUUGUGGCUUUAUUUUGUAAACAGCAACAAUCUCCUUUGUGGAAAAUAACUUAUUUUUGUUCUACAACAGCUGGCUACAUCACUGGAGUGAGGGAUUAUGGUUUCAGAUUGUCCAUCUGUUCUCUUCUUGUGAACACAAUAUCUCAAGAAAACCUUGAGGGAAUUUCUUCAAAUUUGGAAAAAAUAAUCAGUUGGACCUCAGGAUGACCUUAUUAGAAUUCAAACGUCACUGUGAUCUCACAAUGACAAUCCUUUUUUUGCCUCCUGAACACAUUAUCUUCAGAAUGCCUCAAAAAUGUUCACUUAACAGAUUAACUGAUUAAACUUAGGUGGCCAAGGUCACGCUGGCAUCACAAAAUAUGUUUUUGACCUCAUGAAAUCAUCAAUCAUGAAAUCCCAAAUCAGCCUCUAGGGAAUUUCGGAAAAUGUGUCACUUGGAUUCAACUGAUUGAUUGUUUAGAAUUCAAUGGUCAAAGGUCACUGCUUAUAUUUUAAAUAAUUUAUUUUGUCAGGAACACCUGGAAGGACUGAAACUGCACUGAUUCUUCCACCCGAUGGCUCAGUGGGAAAUUUCAAUGGAGCAGAGUCAUUAGUGUUUUUAUCACAAAUACUUCUCCUGCUAUGACAAGUGAAACAGAGACGCUAUCAGGGUCUGAAGAAAGAAAUGGAGACACCUGCAGUGACUGCCAUCACAGCUGCCUGUUGUUGUUCAGUAGUUGUUGGACUUUGCAGGAAUUUCAAACAUUUAUUUGCUUUGUUUCUCUUUAUUUUAGCCGCUUUUGAUUUUGUAUUAUUUGGUGAAUUUUGAAUUUGUGCCUGAGGAAAUCUGGUCCUCCUCUGUUGCAGUUGUAGUUUCCACUGUCACCAUGAGAUGAGACCAGCUCUUUAUUUGCUGCUCUGCCUGUAUAAAUCACUGCUAAUGCUCACUGCUAUUUGUACUGCUGUUUAAAAGGGAAUCUGGACUCCGUGUUUGGGAAGUUGCUGUAACUAUAAUGUAGAAUUGUAAAUGCCAACUGAACUAUUACCCUUACAUUGUGGAUUACAGCAUUAGGUUUUUAUAUUUAAUUAUAAUUUGAUCUUUUUAUUAACAUUUCUUUAAAACUGCCCAGUCUGACUUCACAUUGUAAAAAAAAGCCUGUUAAGAAGCUGUCAAAGUAUAAAAGAGAAAAAAGUGCUUGUAAAAACACUGCCAAUUUACCACUACAUAUGCUGAGGCAGAAUACAAUAAUGUAGUUACUUAUGCUACUGACACAUUGUGAACACAAUUACAAAGAAAGCUAAUAAUUAGAUGUUAAAAACAACCUUGGUCAUUACUCAAUUGGACAGAUAGAUGAUUUCUGCAGAAUUUGUUGCAUCUCUGCAGAAUUUAAAUCUAAUCCUGCUGGUAACAUAAAUCCUAACCCUGAUUCAUUUCCAUAGUAGGAGAAUUAAAGUAAUGUCAUAGUGCCACAAUGUCUAAAUAAGGUGUGCUAAAAGAUACUCAGUAACAAGUAACAUUCCUUCAUGUAAAACUUAUUUGGAAUCCACCAAACAGACCUAACACAGCGCUGUAACAUUAUGUUAUUGGGUUUUGAUCAGGCUGUAAGAAGUCAACAGUACCAGAAACUGGUGUUUGCUGCUUCUGCUCAUUUUGCACUUUUUUGAUAUUUUUAAUCAUUGUGAAAGCCUGUAUGAUAAUGCACAAUCUACAUGAUUAUUUUCCAAAAUUAAAGCACAGGAUUAUUGGACUGAUGUGAUUUCUAUCCAGCUUAAUUGUCACAAAUAGAGCAGGAGGACCCAAAUGCAGGAGCCACAGAUACAGGUAAAAAAAACUAGCAAUUGUAGGCAAAACACAAGGAAGAGGAAAUCAACACAAAAACACCAAUCCAAAUAACAAAGAUCAAAACUUAACAUGCA